GAGAGAGAGAGAGAGAAAAAGAGAGAGAAAGGGGAGGAGGAGGAGGAGGAGGAGGAGGAGGAGGAGGAGGAGGAGGAGGAGGAGGAGGUGAAGAGGGGUGGGGGAGAGGUUUACAAAGGCACACAUACACAGCUUUACACAAGUUUACAUAAGUUUAGAGAGAGAGAGAGAGAGAGAGAGAGAGAGAGAGAGAGAGAGAGAGAGAGAGAGAGAGAGAGAGAGAGAGAGAGAGAGAGAGAGAGAGAGAAGCAGGCCAAGCAAGAUCAAGAGCAACAGAGCAAGAAUUAG